AUGACACCCAUCCAAGAGCUCUUCAAUAGGGCCAUAGAGCCUCUUCCGGCUAUCGAAGAGGCUAGCUUUGCAUCCCACUUUGACAGAUUCGCGGACCGCCAGGUGGUCCUUUUAGGGGAUGGAAGUCACGGCACGUCGGAGCACUACCGUGCUCGAGCAGAAAUUACCAAACGGUUCAUUGAGAGACAUGGCUACACCAUUGUUGCAGUUGAAGCGGAUUGGCCAGACGCCGAAUUAAUUGACCGUUAUGUACGCCUCAGGCCAAGCUCUGCCCAAAGCUCUGAACCUUUCAAGCGAUUUCCGACUUGGAUGUGGCGUAACUGUGAGAUGCGAGACCUCAUCCAGUGGAUGCGCAAAUGGAAUGAGACACGCCCACCGGACAGACGGGUAGGCUUCUACGGGCUGGAUCUUUAUAGCAUGAGCGUGUCGAUCCAGUCUGUGAUCGAUUAUCUUAACCGUGUCGACCCAGCAGCAGCUAAAGAAGCCAAGAAAAGAUAUAGUUGUCUGGAUCCUUGGGUGGACGAUCCUGCAGCCUACGGUCUAGCGGCCUUGCGUGGUAUGAGGGAUUGCGAACUAUUUGUCACGCAGAUGUUAAGUGAUCUCCUGAAGAAAAGACUGGAUUAUAUUGAGAACGAUGUUCUAGACGGGGAGGAAUACGAGAGUGGAAAGCAAAAUGCUUUUCUGGUGCGAGAUGCAGAGAGAUACUAUAAAGCGAUGUAUUGGAGCUCCGCUAGCUCAUGGACGUUGCGUGAUACACACAUGUUUGACACAUUAGUCCGCCUUCUGCAGCAUUGCUCUCCGUCAAAAUCUGGACCAAACCCCCCGUCGAAUUGUAAGGCUAUUGUUUGGGCACACAAUUCCCACGUCGGGGAUGCUCGUUACACGAGCAUGGGAUUGCAUCGCGGCGAACUCAACAUCGGGCAACUUUGUCGGGAACACCUAGGCCACAAGCACGUGGCGAUCCUUGGAUGUGGCACUCAUACUGGUACAGUGGCCGCAGCCCAUGAGUGGGAUGGAGAUUUGGAAAUCAUGACUAUUCGACCAUCCAGACCAGAUAGCUGGGAAAUGAUAGCCCACAAGGCUGGAGUCUCUAGGUUUCUACUGGAUCUGCGUCAUGGUCAUAUCGAUCCUGCUUUACAUCGGGCUUUAUCGGCAGAGAAUCGUCUUGAACGUUUCGUUGGUGUUAUAUACCGGCCUGACACAGAGCGGCUUUCUCAUUAUUCUCAAGCAUUUAUGCACGGACAAUUUGACGGCUAUAUUUGGUUUGAUUGCACUGAGGCCAUUAAACCUCUCAGGGACGAUCAGUCUGUUAUAACGCCUGGAGCAAGCAAGAUUGAUUUGUCUGGAAUCUGA